GGCUGGGGUGGGGGUCCCAUGCUGUUUGGCCGCCUUGGGGCAUCUGCCCACGCUGUCUGCUUGGUACGAAACUCGCCAGACCCCCUCCGAGAGCUUCCCGCUUGUUGGCAGGGUUGCAGGGAAGUCACUUUGUGGGGCACCCGGCUACAAGGCAAAUAUGACAUCAUAGAAUAGUGACAAACUGGAGUGGCAAAUUGCCGCUGUCAUCACAGGUCUCUCCUGACAGGCAAAGCAAAAGCCUUGGCUGUCGAUUUCCCCCAGGUCCCCCCAUCCAGGCUUGCAGGGAUCUGAAGGUUGGACUUAACAAAUUGAAAUUUUUAGGAUCGGUGUGCCGAGACCAAAGUCCCAGCAGGGGGAAGACGGGGAAGCUCAGACUUGGGCAUUUCUGAGAGAUUCGGACGAUGGAUUACUGGAAGUACUACAUCAACAGCAUCCUGGCGGACAGGAAUGUUGAAGAUGUGGCUAUCAUAGGCCUCUUUGACAAUCGCUGCGUGUGGGCGGCCAAGCCAGGAGGGCUCCUCGCAGCCAUCUCACCUCAAGAAGUGGGCUUGAUCGUGGGCCAGGAUCGGAAAACGUUCCUGCUAACAGGAAUCACCGUAGCUGGCAAAAAGUGCAGUGUGAUUCGUGACAACCUGCUGGUGGAUGAAGACAACGUGAUGGAUGUCAGAAGCAAGGGCAGUGACAGCAGAUCCAUCUGUAUUGGCAAGACCCCCAAAGCCCUGAUCUUCCUCAUGGGCAAGAAGGGAGUCCAUGGAGGAGCCCUCAACCAAAAGGUCCACGAUAUGAUUGUGGGCAUGAAAGUAUGA